UUUGGGAGUGACACGCCAUGUGUGACCUGACACACAUGUGACCUGAGACACAACAAUGUCAGCAGCAGCAGCAGCAGCAGCACGAAGGUGUGUGUUCAGUCAUUUACUUCGUCACUCCGUAAGUCCUGGACAACACGAGCUGACCGUUUUGAGGCCAUGCGCUUCACGAUCGUUCUCUCUCAGUUCACAGCUCAGCACCAAGCCCCUUCAAACUCCAGGCUCCAGCGAUGGUGAGGAAGUCCCAACUCAGCCCGUCAAGUUUUCCACGAGUAAAGCCAGCCACAAGACGUGGAAGGUGGAGCGUUCGAUGGGAAGCAGGCUCCAGCGGCCGUGGUGGCAGGUUCUGCCCCUCAGCAUCCUCACCGUGGGAUUUCUUCUAUGGUGCGUCUUCCGCAAGGAAUCUGACAUCGACCGCACUUUGGAAAAGCGGCUGUAUGAACACUUACCAGGUUUACUGUCCAACAUCGACGAGACGGAGGAUGAUGAGGAGACAGAAGAGAACGAAGAACUCAAAAAAACACCCUAAUGACAGUUCAAAAUGAAAAUGGACGUUGAUUAUAUUUAUAUUAUGAUUGUCAUUGCUGCUGCAUCUUGGUCAUGAGAUUGUGGAAAUAAACACAGGUCUGUCCUGAUGAGCUCGCCGGUUAAAGAGAAGUCAUGACAAAAGCCACAGUUCCCUCUAAGCCACAAGACCGUGAGGUUCUAACUGUGUAACACUAAGCUACGGGUCGUCAUCGGUGUUCAUUGUGUAGUUCUCGAGACUGUGUUUAAACUUGUGUCUGUGGUUAGAAAUAAUUUGAUGAUAAAAUGGAUUCCAGUGAAGCAUCACUAUAUGACCGAAUGUUGGCUAAUAAACGAUUGGUAAUUUGCAGUGAUGUAAUAGCAGUGAAACCCUUCAGGACAUUUUGUGUUAUUGGAAAAUUCACCGCAGUCGUUACCUUAUGUAACACGAAUUAAACUUGAUAUCUGGCUGAA